CCACCGCCUCCCCGCUCCCCCGCUCCUGACUCCUUCCCUCCCGGCGACGACGACGACGACGGCUCGACGCUACAACUCCUGGCUGUGCUGUACCCCGCUCAGCGACACCGCAGUGAGCUUGAGUGAUUCGCUUGUAUUGUCUGGUGAUGAGAAGGAGACAUCAUGGGCGCAGAUUCUCUGAGCGGGUGAGUAUUCAAUCGACUACCGUUUACGCCGAUGCUUUGCUACGCGUUCUCUUGCCAAUGCUCGAAUGCUUGGUGUCUUCCCCGAUGCCCAAGCCGAUGACGGCGCGGAUUAUUGGUCGAUACCGUCAAAACGAUGUCAUAUCGCUUGGGAGACUGGAUUUGCACGCACCGUAUCGUCCCCUUGUACCCAAUUCACGCAUGCAGGGGAUAUGCCCUCCGAGUCGUUGCCACCCUCCGCGCCAUAGCAGUCAAAGUCGCCUUGGUUACACGCAAGCUCCUCGCAGCCGCAGCCAUCACCGCAACUCUUCGCACGCCACCACCACCGAUGGUGAGCAACUUCACCUCUCGUCAACGCCCGUUGAGAAGACGCAUAUACUGGCGGUUUCCAUGGUAAGCGGCUACAUCGCAGGAGUAGCCUUAAUCAGCCAAGAGAGCGACAUGAGGAGCAAAGGGUUUCAACUGGUGACGACGACGGCUCACCUUGCAUGCCUCUGUCGUCUAAGCAGAAGACGAGUGGCAUGACAUCGAAGAGAAAGAUAACUGCCAACAUUUACUCAAGACUACCGUUUUUUAUGUCACCCACUUGCUCAUGGUCUUCCACAUGUACGUAUCGCUUUCUUUUUUUUUCUCCAUCCUUCCUAUCUUUUUUCUUGCUGCCUGCCAUUCUUGUGUCGUUUUCAGACUUUGUAUUAGAUGCUA